GCAGCCAACCGACCAAGACACACGGCACGAAAUCAUGUUGUCACAAUUCUUCAUUAUUUCUUCAAGAGGCGAUGUUCUUAUCAACAAGGACUAUCAUGGGAACGGUGCUCCAAGUGCAGCAGAGAUCUUCCUGAACAGACUCAAACAGAGCAAAGGAGAAGAGCUAGACCCAGCCAUGGAAUUGGAUGGCAGAUAUUUUCUUCAUGUAAAACGCAACAGCCUAUACUUUGUCUGCACAAGCUGUAAAGAACUGCCGCCAUUUGCAACUAUUGAAUUACUUUCCAGAGUGAGUGGUUUGGUGAAGGACUACUGCGGUGUGUUGACAGAGGAGGGAAUCCGACUCAAUCUUGCCCUGGUCUAUGAACUGUUAGAUGAAGUCAUUGAUUAUGGCUAUGUCCAGACGACGUCUACCAAGUCGCUCAAGCCAUACAUCCGCAGUGAUACAGAGGCAGUGAAAACAGACCGCUUUGCUGAUGUAGGAUUCCUAACACUGGGACCCGGCCUGUUUGGCACUGAAUUCCGUUUUGCACCUAGCCACGCAGCAGACAAGCCAAUCCCCAUGAAUCCAUCCUCACAGGGGGGUAGUGGCUCAAGGAAUGAAGUCUAUGUUGAUGUCAUUGAGAGAAUGACCGUUCUUCUGGCUGCAAAUGGUUCAGUGGUCAGGAGUGAAGUGAACGGAAGUCUACAAAUGAAGAGUUUUGUGGUGGGCAACCCUGAGCUGAAACUUGGGUUGAGUGAAGAUCUUAUAAUUGGUAAGACCAGCGAGGUAGGCUACGGCACAGCAGUGCGGUUAGACCAAGCACAGUUCCAUCCGAGCAUAGACCUGUCUGACUUUGAACACAAGAGGGCAAUGACCAUCCAUCCAUCUGAAGGGGAGUGCACAAUCAUGAGAUACAGUAUCACAGGAGAGCUUCCAAGUCGUCUACCAUUCCAAAUAUCUGCUACUACUACAGAGUUAGAGGACAAGCAAUGUCUUGAGGUGUUUCUGGAGAUCCAAUGUGACCUUCCAGCAUCUAGUCAUGCCGUUGAUGUAGAACUACACCUCCCAGUUCCCAAGGCGACCACAGAUGUGAUAGGGAGUCUCUGUGCAGUCGGACAGGCAGCUGAAUACAAAUCUGCAGAGAAACUAUUCAUAUGGACAAUCAAGAAGUUCCAAGGAGCUUCUCAGCUCAAGUCAAGAAUCAGAAUCCAACUUUCUCAGCUUCACCGUGCGACUGUCAUGGAGCUUGGACCAGUCAGUCUACAAUUUGAAAUCAAGAACUUUGUCAGUUCACAGUUGCAAGUUAAAUAUCUCAAGUUGUUCGACCGUCAGCAUUCGUAUGUUCCGUAUCGGUGGGUGCGCUAUGUCACACUGAGUGAUUCCUACACCAUAAGACUAAGGUGACAACAGUCAUUUCCAUUCCAGUGUUUAUAUCUCUUAAAGGCAGUGGGCACUAUUGGUAAUUACUCAAAAUAUUUAUUAGCAUAAAACCUUUCUUGGUGACG